UAAGACAGGUUCUCCACCCCAUUCUGCCACCACAAUUCUGCUGAACGCGUGGUAUUCCCAAGGUAGUGUUAGCAUUGUAGUCCCUCCUGGUUUCCGCCCAACUGAUUAGGUCUUAGCUCUCAGGCUUCUCCGGCUGAAACGCCAUUACCCCCCGCAAGCGCCUUCCAGUCUUUAAUCGUGAUCACCAGCCCUUAAUCACAAUUAUAGGCGAUGGAGGACGAAGCGGACUCUCCGCUCUUACGAUUUUUGAUCGAGCUUCUGAAGCCGAUAUCGGAGGCGGAUCCGGCGCUGCUGGCGAACUACGUGGUGGCGCUGCUGAAGAACAGCAAGCCGCACGACGAGCUGCGCCAGCUCUGCCUCGACCAGCUGCAGGACUUCCUCACCGACGAAACCGAGGGUUUUGUUACGAAGCUGUUCGAUGCCCUUGAGCGGGGGGAGAUCUCGCUAGAAGAUGCGGAGGCGGAGGGGGAUGAGCCGGGGGGCGCAGACGACACGGACAAGAAGAAGAGCCGCGGCGAGGACGCGGAACCCGCGGAAGCCAAUGAGGGCGGGAGAGACGGGGGAAGAGGCGGAGGAAAGAGCGGAGGUAGGCGGGGAGAUGGGGGACAGCGGGGAGCUGACGAGGAGGGGGGCAGGGGGAGAGGGGCCAAGAGAAGUGGGGCGUCGCGAGAGAGAGGGGGGAGAGAGAGGGCGGAUGAGGAUAAGGAGCGGGACGACGAUGGCAGUAAAGGCGGGGAGAGAGGCGAGCGGGAGCCGCACCCAGCGGCGGAAGCGGAGGCGGAGGAGAGAGCAGAGGCGGGGGGGAGGAGCGGGAGGAGGAGGAGGAAGGGCGGCGGAAACGGCACGAGGAGGAUGAGUCGAGCGACGACGACGACGACCGCAACCACAAGCACCGCCGCAGGGGCGGGGGGGAGCGCUCGUUCCGCGACGACGGCACGGCGGGGGAAGGAGGGCGCGGCAGGGAUCCCGCGGAAGGGCGCGGUAGCGUGCACUCGCGGUUAGAAGGCGUGAGGGAUAGGAGAGGGGGUGAUUUUAGCGGGGGUGGCGCAGGCAGGUCGUUCCGCAGCCGCGACGGCCCCCGUUCGUUUAGGCAGGUGGAUGGGGGCGGCAUGGGCGGAAGGGGAGGGCCUAUGGGGCGGGAUUUCCCGCGCGUGGGGGCCCCUGGUCCGGGGCAGCCGAUUCUAGGCCCGCAGAUGGGCAUGCCGCGGUUCCCCAUGGGGGGAAUGCCAGGGGGGAUGGGAGGGCGCGCGGGCAUCCUCAGGGGCAUGCCUGAUCGCUUUGAUGGGGGGCCGGGGAGGGGCAUGGGGGAGCAGUGGGGCAUGGGGGGCGCAGCAGGCGGAAUGCCCGGUGUGUUACCCUCCCGGGUUGGCCCUGGUAUCCCUCCCCCGGGUCUCCCUGGCGCGCCUAUGCCUGGUGCGGGGAUAGCAGGGGCAGGCCCGGGCAUGCGGAACG